ACUGAUCUAGCUCACAAGAUCUUUUCUCUACCUCUCAAGACUAGUAUAUAAGUACACGAAUAAGACACCUCAAAAGGGAAACAAAAAUGGCUGCUUUCAAUAGAUUUCUAGUUGGCCUUGUCAUAGUAUUCUUGGUUUCUUCUCCCUCUUCCUCUGCAUUACACUUUCUGUUGAUUCAUGGUAGCGGUCAUGGAGCAUGGUGUUGGUAUAAGCUGGCGACUUUGCUGGAGCAAAAGGGCCACAAUGUCACGGCUUUGGAUUUAGCUUAUUCUGGGAGAAAUCAAGUGCCACUCGAAAGAGUGCACACCUUUGAUGAAUACCAUAAACCUCUAUCCGAAUACAUGAAGUCUUUAUCUCCUGAGGAUAAGGUAGUCCUCGUUGGCCACAGCUAUGGUGGUUAUGGUGUUUCCUGGGUCAUGGAAAGGUUUCCAGAAAAGGUUCUUGGUGGCGUUUUUGCUUCAGCCUUCAUGGUCGGGCCUAACUUUACACUAGAGGACACCAACAAGCUCCUUCCACGGCCAGAUCAACUAGAUGACAGUUUCGUUAUUGGAGAUCCUAUAAGAAUUGUGCUCAUUGGGCCCCACUUUGCAGCAACCCUGCUCUACCAGAAUUCGCCGCCAGAGGAUCUGAAACUUGCAAAUUAUUCUCUAAGAUUAGCUCAGUUCUUCUAUGGAGAUGUGGCAAAUAGACAAAUUCGGGUUAAAAGAACGGUAUGGAUCAGUUCCUCGAGCCUAUGUUAUUGACUUGGAGGAUAAGCUAAUUACUCCUGAAGCACAAAGGCUUAUGAUAGCGAGGACUCCUCCACAAGUGGUGAGGCGAAUCCGGGGGGCAGACCAUAUGGUUCAGUUUUCUAAACUCGAGAAUUUGCCGACAAUUUGAUUGAAAUAGGUGGGUUGUUUGAGUCGUUUGGUCAGGAGGGCAAACCAUAAGCUUUCUAAAUCUCAAGAAUGUGCUUGAAAUAGCUGAGUUGUGUGUGUGCUUAUAUACUUGGUCGAUUUGUGCUGUAUUAUUGUUUAGUGUGUACCACACAUUGUAUUGAUGUGAAAUAAGUGCAUAAACCUUGUAUUGAAAUAAAUGCUCAGUCUUGUUGGAGGUUAGGUAUAUGUCCCCCUCCUAAUUUCAAAUUUAUUAAUAAAUAUAGGGCUGACAUCUGAAAAC